AUGGAAUCGUCAACCCCCAAUAAGGAUAUUUCUCAGCUCAGUUUGGACUCCAGCGAUGAUCCUGCUGUGUUAGAACGACUCGAAUGGCAGUCUAUGUUGACAUCAGUCUUAACAGGCGAUGUGGUGACAUCCGAAAAGACCAAAAUCAUAGAAAGCAAUUCUCUGGGCCGCAACCACGAACUGUCACAACUCGUCACCUACAAAGACAACUUGUGGUACGGAAUCAAGGCUAAGCUUCUUGGUCGUACCGAGGACGAUGAACGUAAGUUAAUCGCAUACAGACGAACCUUGGUCGAUACGCUUAUAGAUGACAUUCUUACUUAUGAAAUUGUGGAACUGGAUCCUACGGUGGGUAGUCCAAGGACUCAGGUAAUCAGGAUUCUUGAGAGGUACGAAAAGUGCUGCGAGCUCUGGAAAACAUUGGAAGAUAUGCGCCAGGAUAAGCCGUUGUGUCGGAGCCAUGAUUUUGUCGAUAGGAUCGAUGCUCUCAAUGCAUGGUUGAGUAUAACCGAUGCUAUAGAACGAGAGAGUAACUCACUUCGUAUGUGGAUUGGAAAUGAUGAGCUUGAUAUUACCAAGAGCCCGGUCAAUACUCCAAACUCUGAAUCUCCUGCCACAACUCCUACCAAGGUGGUGAAAAAAAUCUUUGAUGAGGACAAUAAAUCGUUAGCAGAAAGAUUGAUGAAGGAGAAAGAUGUCCAUACGAUAUUUAAGCAGCGAAUAUUCAUUCCGCUUGCUCCAUGGAUGAUAAAGGCGAAGGAUACCUACAUUUAUUUGAAGCAGAUUUUCGAAUCCAUUAAGCUUCCUGAUUACAUCCACAGUCUCAUUCAAUUGUGCUUGGUGCCUAUGAAACUUAUAAAAGAAAUCAUAAACGUGCGAUUAAAGUACGCUAUGAAGUUACAGAACCCAACUUUGAUGAUGAUUGACCAAAUGCUCGACGACUUCAAAUCCUACAUUACCAUUGCCUUAGAGGUAAAACUGGGGUUUAUGCAAUAUUUCAGACCCGAUGCUAGCAGGACGUGGAUGCUACAAGAGUUGUUUGAGAGUGAAUACCUCGAAUUCGACAAGGCUGUGUUAAGUUGUGUGGACUACUUUUUGGUUCUAUUAAGCAAGAAACUUUUGGAUGGCUCGCGCUCAUCAACAAACUUCAGAACCUUCAAGGAACCAGAGGAGUUGGAAGAAGCUUGGAACUUCUUGAGGUGGCUUGGAGACUACGUUGACGGCGGUAGUCCUGUCGUCUCUGUCCUGUUCACCCAUCUUACGCUGAAGUUGAUUCACAGGCUUCUUGCGUACUUCAACCAUCAGAUAAGAUCUCCACCACCAAAUCUCAAGUCCAACAGUACAGAAUUAAUACGCUGGUAUAGCUCGACCAGUGAACAUUUCGGACAGUUGAGGAGAAAAUUGUCCAGAUUCGCGGGUGAAAUUUCGAGGACUUUCACAAACUCAAUAGUGUAUGAGCUUCACGGAAAUCAAGGUCAGCUCACCAAAGAGUUACUUGAUGAGCUUCGAAAUUCGGAACACUUUUUAGUGUAUACUGGCACUGUCGAAUCCCAAGGUACCUACUUCUUCGCUAGCCCAGAACUUAUGGGCCGAGAAACCGAGAUAUACCGUAUGAUUCACGGGUCGUAUAUCGGUCUUAGUGUGAACGACUCCAAUCAAUUUGAUACGUUCUUGGACAUUCUCAAUAUGGACGAAAAGCCGAGCGAGGUUGACGAUCUCGACAAUAACGUUGCAUUACCAUUAACAUCCCAAUCUAAUGAUCUCGCAUACGUGCUAGCCAUUUGUCCAGCCAAACCAAUUGUGUGGGAAGGGGAAGUGGUUAGAAUCAAUACUGACGAGGUACCUAUCAACGAUCUUAAGGUUGGACAGGUGCUUUUAGUAACCACCAUGCCGUUCUACAGUUUGGACAUAAUCAAAGAGAAAUUCACAAGUAUUUUCGACAGCUCGAAGAAGAUUGCGUCUGCCAUCAAGCAGCUGGAAGUGAGAUGCUCACUUGCCAAAGUCCACUACGAUCUCUCCAAAAUCGACCGGUUGUUCUUCAAGAUGACGUUGGCAGUCCUAGACUCUGUCAGAAUAGUGAGAAGUAAAUGUCUCACCAUGGCGCCUGAAAGCGACUUCCAGGAGCUUAUUAACAAUUACUUUAUCUAUGCCCGUGACUAUGGCCGGAGCUCCAUCAAAAACCUCGAUACCUCACGAAAAUCCACCGUGAUCAUGAAAUUGAUACAGCUAUCCAUCGAAUGGGUGAGUUUCAUCAGCGAUGAUUGUAUACCCACAGACAGAAAGACGUUUCGUUGGUGUGUGUUAGCGCUAGAGUUUGCGAUGGACAUGACACGCGGAUUCAACGUUCUUGUAUUGGACGAGGAACAAUUCUACAAGCUCAAAAUGAAGGUUGCAAGAUGCAUGUCGUUAUUAAUUUCGCAUUUCGAUAUCAUGGGUGCCAGGUCCAGCGAGGCUGAAAAGAAAAAGCUCUUGAAGUGGACCGCACUGAGACACAGAAUCGAGAACAGCGCCGACGACGAGCUCAUUUUGCAAGCUUACCGAGAUGAUGUUAUGGGUCAAAUUGAGACUAUCGAAGAGUAUAGAAGAGAGCUUCAAGACGGUCUUCUGACUGUGGGCAGAGUAUUGGAGGUGACGGAUCUGGAAUACCAGUUUGUUACGUUGCUUGCUUCGUCAUUUUCAAGUGUGUCUAUAAGAUGGCAAAAGGGCCGUUUUAUUGGCGGAGGUACUUUUGGUAGUGUGUUCUCUGCGGUGAACUUGGAUACUGGAGGAGUCAUGGCAGUCAAGGAGAUUCGGUUUCAUGAUAGCCAGUCGAUUAAGAAUAUCGUGCCGUCUAUCAAAGAUGAAAUGACGGUGUUGGAAAUGUUGAACCAUCCAAAUAUUGUACAGUAUUUCGGAGUCGAGGUCCACAGGGACAAAGUGUACAUUUUCAUGGAGUUCUGUGAAGGGGGUUCGCUUGCAAGUUUAUUGACUCACGGCCGCAUAGAAGACGAAAUGGUGGUUCAAGUGUACACUUUACAAAUGCUCGAAGGAUUGGCAUAUCUUCACCAUUCAGGUGUGGUUCAUCGUGAUUUGAAACCGGAAAAUAUCUUGCUAGAUCACAACGGAGUAAUCAAGUUUGUGGACUUUGGUGCUGCCAAGGUGAUAGCUACUAGUGGAAGAACUAGAACCAGCGGAAGCACGUCUCGCAGAGGAAGUGCUGGGGGAGAUAAUAGCGAUAGGUUAAACUCCAUGACGGGAACUCCCAUGUAUAUGUCACCAGAAGCGAUUACAGGAUCUUCCAGCAGCAAGAGUGGAGUCGUGGAUAUCUGGUCUUUAGGGUGCUGUGUGCUUGAAAUGGCUACUGGUCGUCGUCCAUGGGCAAACCUCGAUAACGAAUGGGCCAUCAUGUACCAUAUUGCUGCUGGACAUCAGCCCCAACUUCCUUCGUCGGACCAGCUCAGUGCCGAGGGAUGCCGUUUCCUUUCCAGAUGUCUUGAGCACGAUCCCACAAAGAGACCUAGUGCUAUGGAGUUAUUGGCUGAUCCUUGGAUAGUCCAAAUUCGACUCGCUGCGUUUGAUUCGUCCGAGGCAUCCAGCACUCCAUCUUCCGAGCAAGCACCCGAAGUGAACUAA